UUCUGAAAAAAAUUCCAACGAGUAAAAACGUAAAAAUUUUCAGUUAAAUAUUAUUCAUAAAAAAAUAUUUUAAAAUUUCCAAAAAAAAAAAAAAAAAAUAAGAAAAAUGUGGCUAAAAGAAACCAAACCUGAGUGUUGCGUGGAGCACGAACCAUUGCCAGCAGAUAUUCAAUGUUUGACUCCCGAUAUUUGUCGAGAAUUGGGUCGUUUGUAUUAUAAACAUUGUAAAACGUUUGUUAGAAAUCAACGUAUAAUAGAAUUGGCCAAAUCGAAAUCCAGAAAACGUGUUCAUCGCGUUAUAAAUAGAUGUCCUUGUUAUCUAAAGAAAUCCAUAGAAAUAAUACGUUUAGAUCAGAGGGCUAAUACUAGAACAGAACAAUUGGCUUUUCCAAGAGCUAGACAUUUGCUUUUAUUUAAGGAACAAAUUCUUCGACUUUUUUCUUCUGAACGUAUUUUGAACUUAAAUCGUUUAAUACGCAAAAGUUUAUUUUCAUUAUACAGUCGUUUGGCGAAUGUACAGCCGCCUCAGGAAAGGAAACCUAUAAAGAAAUGGGACAGUUCAGAUUGGGAAAAACAUACAAAAAUAUUAAAAAAAUUGGCCAAACCUAAAGUCGCUCCCAAACCACCAGCAAUGCCCGUCAAAAGAAUGCCUUUGCGUCAAAUGAAACGUUAUAAAUACUUGGCAAAACCUAAAAAAUCACAAUAUGUCGAAAAGGCCGACUGGGUGUUUACCUAUGAAAUGCGUACCCAUAAAGCAUCGGAACGUACUAAAAAUCUAGCGAAACCGUUAAUACGAGAUACAACAAUGUUAUACCAAGAUUUACCCAUAAAAAUACCACUAGGCGUCUUAAAACAUAAAGCUUCCAAACGUAUUAUAGAAUUAGCCGAACCUAAUGCCCGACGUACGGGACAAGCGGCACCAUCCGAUUUGAAAGAGAAUCCCUUUGGUAUAUCACCGAAUGCCCUUAAGACUAAGGCCUCUAAACGUACCCAAGAAUUGGCCGAACCAAAAGAGUAUGAAAAUAAACAUAUACGCGAUGAUCCGUAUGCCAUAUCGAAAGCGGCUUUGAACGCUAAGGCCAAGCCACGUACUAUAGAAUUGGCCCAGCCGAAGAAGCUUUAAAGAAAUUGUUAGUUAAAUAGUGUUUAAAGUUAUAUUUUGUAAAUAAAAUUAUAAGAUUUUGUUAUUAAAAAAGCAAAUAAAUUGUC